AAAUAUGGCGGCUACCAUUAGAAUGAAGGCGUCCUUAGUCACACAUUUCAAUGCAUUUCUUGACUUCCUGGAGCAACAGAAAUAAAUACUCGGAGCUGUAAUCAAAUAAGAAAUGGAUAAUAAAUGGACACCAGGUGCAUCCUCAGGAAGCAAGAAAUCACACCGAGCCAAAGGGAGUGGAUUAGAUGACCUUCUUGGGGAUCUACUAGAUAAUGAAGUACCAAAGAAGAAAGUCACUUCAACUCUAUCGCCACCACCAUUCAAAUCCGGCAAAAGACAAAGGGACGACGACUUCUACAGUAACUUAGCAGCCACAGCAGAGGAUGACCUAUCAGAUGUGUCAGAGGCUGAUGUCAACCAGGUGGCCAAAAGUAUUGCUGACCUGGAGGACAUGGAUGCUGACCUUUUUGGUGGAUCCAUUAAGAAAAAAGGCAGCGUUAAGGGAACUAGUGAGAGAUCAAGCAAACAUAAUACCCCCCGGCGGGGUAGCACUCCUAGAUCUGCUCGCAACACUACCCCCAGGGCCACAUCUCCACAAGCCAGAGUUACCUCCCCUACAGGGCCAAGCACUGUCAACAGAGGUGCAUCUCCAGCAGCCCGUGUGUCCUCACCGACCAAAAUAGAAACACCCACUAGUCCUACAGGAAUAUCAAGCUCACGCACAGGCAGUGGUAAAAGGAGAACUGCAGCAGCAGCAACUUCAAGAUCCAUCUCACCAACACCUAUACCAGACUACAAACCUGGCUCUGCACCUGGUAAAAUGACAGAUAUUGGUUCUGCAUCAGAGUCUCUGAGGCCUGGUGUCCACUCUGCUGAAAGACCUGGAACUGUACCAAAAGCCAAAGCCAAGUAUGAUUUUGGAGAGUUUGAUGAAGAGGACCCCCUGGCAGGCCUUCUCAGUGAUGACGAGGAUUCAGUGUCGUGGGCAGCAAAACCAAAAAAGUCAGUGUUAAAAAAACAGAGGUCAUCAGAAGACACGCCACCACCUCCUGAAAAAGAAAAGGUAGAAUCUCCACGACGGAAUGUGUACGACCGUCCUCCUACCAGGAGUGGUGGAAGUAAGUCUGAGCCAGUCGCAGAGGAAAUAACAAAACCAGCCUCGCCUCGUAAGGAGGAACCAGUGAGAAGAGAGGAUCCAACCCCGGUAAAAAAAGAUCCAACCCCUGUCAGAAAAGAUCCUACUCCUGUCAGAAAAGAUCCUAUACCAACAAGACGGAAGUCGGAUGCUGGUCUGUUCAGUGAUGACGAUGACGACCUCCUCGGUAAUUUAGGUAUUGAUGACAAGCCAUCCACACCAGCAGCUAAGGCGCGUUCCCUCCCUGAUGAGGAUGAUGACCAGCCAGCCAAAGCGAUUUUUGAUAAACUUCUAGGCAAAGAUACUGUCUCCAAACACCUAGAUACAAAUAAAGAGAGACGGGAGUUUGUUCUUGAUAAAAAAUAUACCAAAAAUGCUGAGGAUGAGGAAGACGAUUUCCUGUUUGGAUCAUACCAGCCCUCAGCUGCAUCUACCCAGGGGUCACGACCUAACUCACGCCGAUCUGUCAGGUUCCAAGAUGAGGAUGACAUCUUUGGUAUAAGUGAGCGUCCGCCUUCCCGGGGACGAUCCCCCGCCACUAAGAAACCUGAUGACAUGGAGUGGAUGGACAUGACUGCUAGUAAGCCUGCCAUCAAACCAACCACACCAGAGAAAUCCACUCCCAAACCUGCAACAAGCAGCACAGGACCAACCAGGUCCGGGCAGACUGAGCAACAAGUGUCCAAGGCCAAGUCUGAUCCAAUGGAUUGGUUGGAAAAGUUAAAACAAGAUAACAUGGCUGAUGACCCAGCAUUCAUGGCUGAUGUAUCAAUCAGUCCACCAUCAGAACCCAAGGAGGAUCUAAAAUUGACAGGAGAGAAGACAGAAGAGAAAGGCUCCAAACAGCAGGACAGCCUGACCGACAGUGGAGAAAACGAUUACCUGGGGCUGGGGAAAGAGAUUGAUCUUGAUGCACUUAUCAAAUCAAAAACAAAGGCACCAACAUUUGGUGGAUCUGUGAGAACUACUGAGGAGAAAAUGGCAGAUCUUUUCUCCACAGGUCCUUCUAAACCAGACACAAGCAGUCCAUUCUUUGACCGUGGACUACCAUCAAAAUCAGGAGAGAGUAAGAAAGUUGUAGAGGAAGAAAAAGCCAUUUUGUCACUAGGGAGUCCUAGGGUCCCCCUGUCCACACAAAUCGGUCAGCUUGAAAAUUUGGACAGUCAGACCGAUUAUUUUGGUUCACCUCAACAGAAAUCACCAGAUACCGCAGUUCAGACUAAUUUCUUCAGUUUUGACAAAGGUCAGAAAGGAAAUGAGCCUGAAGUUCACAGGGACCCGCAGGCUAUGCAGCACUUGUUCCAUCAACCACCUUCCCAACAAGUCCACGGUCAGCAACAAACAAGGGUACAGCAACAACAGGCAGCCAUGCAGCAACAACAACAGCAAGCACAAAUUCAACAACACACAGCUAUGCAACAACAACAAAAGGCAGCAAUUCAACAACAACAGCAACAACAGGCAGCAUUACAACAACAGCAGUUCUUCCAGCAGCAGUCACAACUCCAGCAGAUGAUGACUGACCUUCAGACACAGUAUGAAGUCUCACUCAAGACCCCGGUGUCGAGUGCACCCUCUGUGUUUGGUGUUUCUCCGCUGACAGGCUUGGGUGUUGGCACAAGUGUGAUGCUGACAGAUCCACCAAAGUCUCUUAUGGAGGCUGAGGCCAAGAUUCGGAAGCUUGAGAUUGAGAGAGAUUACGUUCAGUCAAUUCUUGAUUCUACAAAGCGACGUUCUGAGGAGGAGAUAGAGGCUGUGGAAAAUUCAUACAGGAGCAGAAUGAAGCAUAUAGAAGGAACAAAUAAAAGUAUAGUAGACAGACUAAGGGAUGAAAAUGAUCAGAUGGUGAAUCAACAUAUGUCCCGGAUACGGAGUCUAGAGGAAGACAAGGCCAACAUUAACGCUCAGUUGUACCGCAGGAUAGAGGAGCUAGAACGGAAUCACGCAGAAGAGCUGGAUAAGAUCAAACAGACUCACAGAAACAUCUUAGCAGAAUUAAAAGAGGAUCACAACAAGUCUUUACAACUACUGAAACAGGCCAAGGACCAACAAAUAGAGGCUGCUGCCACAUCCCACGAUACUACAAAGUCUUUAGUAGCUGCUGUGGCACUCAUCGAAAAUAAUGCUCGUGACCUUGGAGAGCUCCAAAUGAAAGUCAACAGCUGGCAUAGUCAGGGACUAGACGAACGCGAGAUCAUCACCAGGUCAAAAGAUGAGCAACUGCGCAUUUUACAGGAGCGACUGACCAAGCAGCAGGAAGACAAUGAUUCGGAGCGUCAGAGAUUGAACGAGCUGACCAACCGACUAGAAGCCCAACUCCGGGAGCAGAAUCGCCAGAUGGACGAGGAACGAUGGAAGGCAAAGCAGGAACAUAAUCGUCUUCAUAGUCUACAAGUGGCUCUAGAAGAAGAACGACAACUUUGGACAGAACAGCAGGCUAGGGAUAGGGCUAAUAUAGAGAAGACUAGAGAAUCGCUAUUGGAGGAUGAGAAGUCAUUGUUGUCACAGCUUCAUCGUGAGCGACAGUCCCUGGCUGAGGAACGGAUGCAGUUUAACGUUACACAGCAAAUCCAGAAGGACGAGACUGAACAGUACACCAUGAAGUUAGCUCAUGCCAAGGCAGAGUAUGAAGCCACUAUGAAAGCUAUUUCUGGGGAGAAAAAUAAGAUGUUCGAGCGCCGCCAGGAGCUGCAAGGAAUAGAGGACCGUGUGAGGGAGGAACAGAGGAAACUGGAAAGGGAGGAGGACAGAUGGCGAGGUAAACAGGAGGACUUUGAGGAGACCGCUGCCACAUUGAAGGCCAAGUCUGAGGAGGUGGAUGAGAUGUACAUGGAGGCCCAGAAGAAGUUUGAGGAGGGGGAGCAGGCACUACUGGAGGCACGCUCGCUGGAGAGUGAAGACAAGCUGAGGAUGGACAGUAUACAGGACCAGAUCCAAAUACUACGGGUCAAGGAGAAGGAGAUUGCUGAGGAGAAGCUGCGUCUGUCUAGGGAGAAAAAGGAAGUGGAGAACCUGAGGUUUACACUGCUCUGUCCAAACUGUCGCACACCCAGGGGAGAUGGCAUACACAUCAGCCCACCUCAAGUGCUGGUAGGGAACAUGUCACAGGGUACGAACCAGGUAGCACCUCCUUACUUGGGCAAUGGGUACAACAAUGGGUACAACCCAGUCCCCCAACAUACGGUGCCACAUCACCAGGUACCCAAUCCAGCAAUUCAGAUGUCGCUGAAUUCUGUCCAGUCAAUCACAGAGACCAUCAAAGCUGACCGGUCAGUGCGGAUGUGGAAGGUGGAGGCCAUGAAGGAUCAGAAGUACCUGGACGAACAGAACAUGUUCCUGUAUACUCUGAGACACAUGCCAUACAACAAGUCACCACCUAGUUCCUGAUGAUUGAACCAGCUACAGUGUUAUAAACAGAAACAGAAACUUACAGCAAAUCAUCAAUACUGACAUCUGUACCAUGUUAGUCCAAUCAUGUGAUCAUUGUCUUUAUUUAAUCUUGGCACUGUAUAUACAACCGUCUGGUUUGCAGCUCAUCAUUGAAGGACCUCCAUAUCCUGUAUCUAGCUAGUCACAGAAUACAUAUGCAACAAGAGAAAGAAUAUCUUACGAUAGCCAAUGAUAGCCAAUGCUAGCCAACGAUAGCCAAUGAUAGCCAAAAUGAAUUCAAUGGUUGCCUCAGGGCAGAUCUUUGAUCGGAAUGGUCGUCCGCGUGAGAGGUUACAGGUAACAAUCUACUCUGAAAGAGAUGAGUAUAGGUUUAAGUGAUUCUUUCUGAAUCCUGGUUUAUGAAGACAUGUUACUCAAGUUAAGUAACAGUGUGAUGAGUGACCGUGAUUUACACGACCCUUACAUAUUACUGUAAAUAGCAGCUACCUAUCCACCAGUGUGCCUGUAGAUGUUACUAAGCUAUUGCCAAAUCAGCUAACUCCACUCACCUUGACGUCAAGUAAGGAGCAUUUUUGUGGAGAAUGUGACUGUACAAAGUGCUUUAAUUUCCAGCUGUAAGGGGAGGAUUGGACAAAGCUGGGAGUAUGAAUGAAAGAGUUUGUCACUGGUGUAUAUAAUGUACGUGUGACUCUGAGUGUGAGAGAAUGUCAGACAUAUACUUGUGAUGAGGGAUCAUUUCAUCGUUUUACGGUGUGAAAUAGAUGUUUGUGUGAUGACAGACAGUUGUAUCUUGGUGUGAAUGGAUUGUUACAGAUGUAGUUUUUUUACCGGUAAGUGUACAAGUGACCUGUAUUAAAUGUUUAACUGUAUUUACUGGUUAAUGUACAUAAAAGUAGUGUACAGUAUAUAUAGAGGUAUUUAUUUAAGGCAUUGCUUACCUAUAUUUACAUCAAGUUAAAUAGAAACUUGUGAAUCUCAAGUUUAGGUAUGUGGAACACCUAUCUAGUGAUCUGUUCUAACUUUAUUAGUACAUAGAAUUAGAAUAUAUAAAUAUAUUGACUUUACGUACCUAGAUAACUUCAGUAUAAUUACCAUCCGUGUUGUGUCAUUUCUGUAUAGUUUGAUUGUGAUGUAGUGAAUGGAUACUAAGUGUUAGUACAAUUUACAUGCUACAUUUAGUAAUUAUCUGGUAUUGUUACCACCUAGUCUACCUGUACUUCCUACUAGCUGUUUAGGUGAAAAGUAUGCAACUUUUGUAGAAAUAAGUACCGUACCUAUUAUCUUGUUGAACGAGUAUCCCUAGCAGAAGGUUAAUGUUGUCAGUCUCUCCAAAUGGCUGCUUAUCUCAAAUGGCUGAAUCUGACUUGUCAGUGCAAUCAUUCCAUACAUUUGUUCCUCUUCAUUAAAAACCUGAAGUCCUUUUUCAAUCAAAAUAAGUUCAGCAUUGUCAAAUUCAUAUUGUCUCAACCCAAAUUUAUAUUCUUCAACCAAAAUUUUAUGUCUGCAAAACAGUUAAACAGUUGAGUAUGGUUGAUUAUAAAAUGCAUGACAUGAACAUUGCAGAAAGUCCAUCAGCUUGUAGGUUGUUGUUUUUGUAGUAAGAAAUAUGAGUUGUUGGUGAAAGUAUUGUAUGUAGUUUCCCAGUCGUUGUACAACUGUGGUGACAUGUAUAUUUAUCUUGACCAACAGCCUUCCUGAUGUUUCAUAAUUUGAUAAUAAAAAUAAUAUAA